CGUAUAGGCGAUAUAGGGUAUGCAGUUUCACCGACAGUAUACCAGGCUGUUGGCCAGUAAUGGCAGUAUGUAGUUUCUUUUCUAUAGUUCGGUUCCUCUAUUUAAAGCUCCAUUAAAAUAAUCGUUAUGAAUGGUUAUCAAACUCUGGGUCGAUAAGUGUGCAAGAUUAUUUCGGGGUAUUUAUCUGUUAAGUAAACGUUCGUGGCAACGCGAAAAAUUAUUAAGAGCACGAUACCGUGUAAUAUUUUGCAUAACGAUUAAUCAAUCGGUAAUUACGUUAAUAAUGUUUCUAAAUACAAAAGCUAAUUUCUAAAAUGACAGUGAAAUUUCAAAUUAUAAUAAUAAUACAGUGAAAGUUGUACAUAAAUAAAAAUGGUGAGAAUAAGAUGGUCGUUAACAAGGGCUCCCAAUAUUUUUAAACUUAAUUUUAAGCAAAAAUGGUGGCAUCUUCAAAUCAUUAUAAAAUCUUUAUUUUACAAUGACUUUUUGAACUGGAGUUACGUCUGCGACAUUCUUUUAGAACCAAUGUUUUGGUUUGUAGAAAAUUUCACUGCCUGUUUAGGACCGGUAUUCGUUGUAAUGGUCAGCCUCCUAACCGCGUGUAUCGUGUACAUUGCUUAUUACAUCGGUCUACCGUAUUGGUGGGAGAAAAGUCCGUCGAUGACAAUAAUCCUCCUCGUAGUUGGAAAUUGGUUAUUAGUAAAUGUAUGUUUUCAUUAUUAUAUGGGUGUAAACGUUCCAGCUGGCUACCCACCAGAAGGUAGUCUUAUUCCAGAGGCUGUAAGCAUUUGUAAAAAAUGCAUUAAACCAAAACCACCUAGGACCCAUCAUUGUUCAGUAUGCAAUAAAUGCAUUCUUAAGAUGGAUCAUCAUUGCCCAUGGUUGAAUAAUUGCGUCGGUCAUUACAAUCACCGAUACUUUUUCCAAUAUAUGGUUUUUACGGUAUUUGGGAUUCUAUUUGUUAUGAUUUUUGGAGUUGAAAUAGCAUACCAAGAAUUCUUUCCAACGCAAGAUCCAGAAUUAGAUGGUCACCCUGUGCGCAUUAACAAUUCCGAAAUUAUUCCUGUGACAGAAUCAUUGGAUCAUUUAAGUCAAGAAGAAUUAGCUGAAAUAGCCAAACAAGCAGCAGACACGAGUGCGAAAGAGUGGAGACGAAGGCUUAUAGUUUUCGCAGCGUUAAUAUGCGUAGCUACUUUUGCGGCAUUAGGAGCAUUAAUGUGGUGGCAUGCGGGCCUUAUCACUAGAGGAGAAACAAGCAUAGAAGCAAGGAUAAAUAGCACGGAAAUGCAAAAGUAUAAGGCGCUUGGAAAGCUAUAUCAAAAUCCAUAUAAUUUUGGAUCAAGACAAAAUUGGAAGUUGUUUUUAGGCACCAUUGGAAGAAGCUGGUGGUACGUAUUGUUUCCAUCGAAUCAUCAUCCGUAUGGAGAUGGAUUAACAUGGAGAACCAUUCACGAUGCAAAGAUAUCUUGAGUGUAAUUCGUAUGCCUAUCGUCGGCAUUUUGCAUUUAUUUUCAACAAUC